AUGCUGCAAGUGAAAGAGCUGCAGCUGCUAAAAUUUGUGCUGCCGCUGCUGAUGCUUCAGCUGAUGCAGCAUCACCCACCGUUUCCCUUUGCCAGCUCUGCUAUUCCAGCAGGAGCAGCAUCAGUAAGAGCUGGAGAAGAGGGUGCGGCUCAUGACGCUUUCCCACGUCGUAGUCUGUGGAGUUUGGGAUGA